AUGGUCGAGUUGGGGAAGAUGGCGGCGGUCUUUUUGGCGGCUGGCAACCAGAAUCCCUUGCAGGAAGACCGGAUAGAUGAUAUGGGGGUCGUCAGCACCUAUCCACAGCUCUUCCACAACCAGGUUGCCGGAAUGACCCUAGUUGGUAUGGCCACUCAAAAAGGGAUUCAAUCCAAGUUAUCCAAAAUGGUCCCAAGGAACGGCUUGUGGGCGAUUGGGGAUCGAGUCAAGUGCGCGAGCACUAAACGUCGGGGCUGGGAUUGGAAAGUCGGCACGUCUUUUGCCUCACCCCUGGCUGCUGGACUCGCGGCGGAUGAAAUGGCCUUACUCCUUCGAUCCUAUCCAGAAUAUAGUGAGCGUUUUCCGGACGAGGCAGAGACGAGGCGCUUCUUGGACGAUGUGCUGGAGACAAUGUUUCGAAAACCUUGGAUACGACCUGGGGGCGUAUGCUAA